AUGAACUCACUGCGCCAGACAGCGACAACGCACGAAGAGCAACAGGCGCUUCUGCGCGCUCAGAUCGCUGCCCUGCAGGCUCAGCUCGACCCGUCGAUUGCCUUCCGUACGCCUGAGGACGUUGCGAGGGAGAAGGAGAAGAAGGGGAAGAGGGUACUUGUUGGUGAUAGUCCGGUGAAGGAUGCGUCGAAGAGACGCAAGAUCGAGCAACCUCAGGUCGUGCACAAAGGGCCCCCUUUCCCUCAACCUGUCAACACCCCCGCACUCCAAUCCUCCACCCCCACCCAACACCCAAGCACAUCCUCCAGACCACCACGACCAAGUAACAUGCUCUCCUCCCUCCAGCGUCUGCACGCCACUCCAGAACCUAGAGCGCCCGAGCCUGUCCAGCGGUCUAGCGCGUUCCACGCUCCUGCGGUGCAGGUUGUCCCCGUAGUGGGGAGGGACGAGGAGCUCAAAAUUAUUGAGCAGCUUGACCCUGGGCCUAGAGAGUGUAAGCCCAGUGCUGAGGACCCGAGGUUUGAGCGCCUGGAACCCAAUUCCGGGAUAAGGCUGUCGUCGAGGCGCGUUUCGCAUGAAGAUGUCAGGUCGUACCUUACCGGAAGGUUCUACCUCCCCCCGUCGUUGCUCUACUCUGUCGUGAGGCUUUCGUCCGACAAGCAGGGGUAUGAUGUGCCCGUCUCGGGUGAUUGGGUGACCAUCGCCGUUGUGGCUGAGAGGGGGGAGGUGAAGCUCUCCCGCGGAGCGGUUAGGAAAGAUGGGGAGGUGGCGAGCUCGGACGAGGAAGGCGGAAAGAAGAAGGACUGGAGGGCAAGGGAGAGGAAGAAGCUGGAAGAGGAGGAGAAGGGCAAGGGGAAGAAGUAUAUCACGCUCAAACUCGUAGACUUUGGGAAUAAGCCUGCGGGAGGGGGAACCGGGUCGACCAAAGGCGGGAGCUCGAGAGGGGACGCGAUGCUCUGCCUGCUUUUGUUUGAGGCCAACCAAGUCAGGGAGGAGCCGGACGAAGAGGGUGGAAACAAGGUGUACAAGGGUGGGAGUGGGGGGGCAUUCGAGUUGUGGGCAGCAACGUUGAGGGAGGGCAGUGUUGUCGCCCUCCUCAACCCUCGAAUUCUCCGGCCUUUUCAGGGUGGGGACAACAGACCCCAUCGAACGGACAACAUCCUCGCACUUACACCCAGCACCGAGGAGUCGGUCGUCGUCCUCGGCCAGUCCCUAGAUCUUGCACGUUGUGCCGCGCGACGCAAGGACGGGAGCCAAUGUAAUGGUUGGUGUGACCGACGGGCGAACGAUGUUUGCGAGUAUCAUAUCCAGCAAAGGGUCAAGACUUUGCGUGCAGCGCGUCCGGAAUUCGCUGUGGGAACUUCUGGGUUUACGACUUCUCGACCGUCCUCCGGGCCUGAUUAUCAGAAAAAGCAAGGCUUGCUACCGGCAAAAGGCCGACCAAUGACAGCCCCACGCGAUUCCGGGGGCGGUCCAACCUACAUCAUGGAAGGUCAUGUGCUGCGAUCCAACGCCCGACCAGCACCACAAGAAGAGUUCGUCGGCGAGAAACUCGGUCGGGAACGGGUUGAGCGAGAUCUCCGAAAGAAGAAGAGAAGCAAGAUGGACGAAGAGCUCAAGGAUUUGCUCGAUGGCAAGACGACAAAGCUCACCAUUCAUGGAAAUAGGAUCGGCAGAGUUGUGGAGGAGAGUACGGAGCAUGCGAAGGUCAAGAGCGCGUUUGGUCCGGAUACGGUGAAGAAGAUCGGGUUUAAUCCUGCUUUCAUGGGCCGGGGUGGACAGGCUGAGGCCGAUAAACGGAAAGCGGAAGCGAAGAAUCGGGAUGUGCACGCCCUCCUUGAUCGACGAGAUGUUCACAUUCAGCCAAAGUUGGGCUCACGACCAGGAGUCAAGGUCCGUUCUGGCGUUAGCGUCCCUGCACACUUGGCGGACCCUCCAGCGCCGUCUGUGGAGGAUGCGCAACAUUCUCUGUCAGAUUUAGAGCUUCUUGAGGGCGAGAAGAAUGAUCCUGCUCGGAUGGUGGACGCCGACUCCUCAGACCUCGAGAUUGAGGAUACCGGGACUAUGACCACUAUCCCGGCUAUCAAACGCAAAACAAAUCCCGCUGAGGAUCACCUUGGGCUCGUAGACGGCGGCGAUUUGUGCGACCUCGAGAUUGAAGACGGCGGGACUGUGACGACUAUGGCAACUGUCGAACGCGAGUCCGUUUGAUGGACUUUGUGUGCGACUACUUGGAUAAAUCCAGGCAUUGACACUAUAGACAUACAGUAGAAUGUACGUUUCU